AUGGCCCACAGCGCCAAGCAGCUGCCUGCCGGGAUGCUACAUGCCACAGGUAAAGCUCAGCAUGGAAACUUCCUGGUGGCCAUCAAGCAGGAGAAAGGAGAAUCGGCACGGGCUAGUGGUGAGAAGCCACACGGCGAGGAGGAGCCGGUGAAGAAGAGAGGCUGGCCCAAGGGCAAGAAGAGGAAGAAGAUCCUUCCCAAUGGUCCCAAAGCCCCUGUGACAGGCUACGUGCGUUUCCUGAAUGAGCGGCGCGAGCAGAUCCGCACACAGCAUCCUGACCUGCCCUUCCCAGAAAUCACCAAGAUGCUGGGGGCUGAGUGGAGCAAGCUUCAGCUUUCGGAGAAGCAGCGGUACCUGGAUGAAGCGGAGCGGGAGAAGCAGCAGUACAUGAAGGAACUGCGAGAAUACCAGCAGUCGGAGGCCUACAAGAUGUGCACGGAGAAGAUCCAGGAGAAAAAGAUCAAAAAAGAGGACACAGGCUCUGCAGCAGUGAACACCCUACUGAACGGGCAUCCGCACAAGGCUGGUGAGUGCAGCGACACAUUCUCCACCUUCGAUGUGCCCAUCUUCACGGAGGAGUUCUUGGACCAAAACAAAGCACGGGAGGCUGAGCUGCGGCGCCUGCGGAAGAUGAACACAGAGUUUGAGGAGCAGAAUGCCAUCCUGCAGAAGCACACAGAGAGCAUGAACUGUGCCAAGGAGAAGCUGGAGCAGGAGCUGGCCCAGGAGGAGAGGCAGACCCUGGCCUUGCAGCAACAGCUCCAGUCUGUGAGGCAGGCCCUCACCACCAGCUUUGCCUCCCUCCCCAUCCCUG